CUCCUUUUGUGUUAUUUCUAUGUGCGAUCUUGUGACCGUGUGGGUUGGAUGUGUUUGGCUUACGGUUUGGGGAAUUGUUACGGAAAUGGUGCUUUAAAAUCCUUGUUUAGUGUCGUCCCUUUAGUAUUAUGUGAUUGAAACGGCGCGCUUACCUAACAAUAUAAUGCACUCUUUAUUCGUAACUGGACGUCUGUUGUCUCGCGCUUUAUUGAAUGGAAUCCACAAUUUUUCAACGGCGACAGACCCGAAAUUACAACAAAAAACUGAGCCCCAUUUGGUCUCGGCCGUGUGCGGCUUUUCGAAGGAGAGAAAAAUCCAAAGACUGGUCAACGGACAAUUUGGGGACGAUGCCUGGUUCAAGGUACACCACAAAUCUGCUGAUGUCCUGGGUGUGGCAGACGGUGUGGGUGGAUGGAGGGCCUACGGCAUCGACCCAGGAGAGUUUUCCCUUCACUUGAUGAAGGCCUGUGAGCGAUUAGUCAAUUUAGGUCGGUUUAAUCCUGUUAACCCUUCUGAACUGUUAGCAAAUGGUUAUUAUGAACUGUUACAUAAUAAGAAAGCUAUUUUAGGUAGUAGCACAGCUUGUGUGGUACUUUUGAACCGGGAGAACAGUACGUUAUACACAGCGAAUAUCGGAGAUAGUGGAUUUAUGGUCGUGAGAAGGGGUCGUGUGAUCAGACGUUCAGAGGAACAACAACACUAUUUUAAUACGCCUUUUCAGCUCUCACUGCCACCUCCCGGUUACCGGGCUGACGUGCUAAGCGACCGUCCAGAGUCGGCGUCCAGCGACAAUAUCCGCGUCGAAGACGGCGACGUCAUCCUGGUCGCCACCGACGGCGUAUUCGACAAUUUGCCGCAAAAUAUCAUCUUGAACGAACUUAUUAAGUGUCAAGGCGAAAGGUGCGCAAGCAGACUCCAAAUGGUGGCGAACUCGAUCGCCUGGAUGGCCCGUAGUCUUUCGUUUGACGAAAGUUUCGUAUCUCCGUUUGCCGAACGGGCUUUUGCUAACGGGAUUAAUACGAUAGGUGGUAAACCGGACGAUAUAACAGUGAUCCUGGCAACUGUAGCAAUAUAAUUUAAAAAAAAAAAGGCGCCGCUGUUUUAGUUCGUUAAUUAGUAAUUUAUGAAUUCGUACUCAUCGACACGUGUGUUGUCCGUCAUUCCCAUUUUUGUUUUGUUUCAUUUUUUUAAUUUUAAGGUUGUUUUUUUGUUUUUAAAGCCUCACACAAUGUGUUAAAAGUUGUUUUUUUCACUUUCUCGAGUGUAAGAUAUCGGUACCUUGACAGAGUUAAAUGCUAAUUUUACCAUAUUUAAUGAGCUUCUGAUGCGCACUUUUUUACUUUAAAAAAAUGAAAUGUAUGAAGUCAAUUUUGAGUAAAAAAGGUCUGUACGAGGGUGGUCCCAGAAGUACCCGACCCAAGAAAGAAAACACGAAAAUUUUGGAAAAAAAUGUAUUUAUUUUUCAACAUAAUCUCCUUUCAGCUCUAUACACUUUUCCCAGCGAUGUUUUAUAGGUUCGAUACCCUUUUUAUAAUAAGAACUGUCUUGCGCCUCGAAAAAGCCAUUAACUGCAGACAUCACUUCUUCAUCGUUGGAAAAUCUUUGACCACUGAGCCGGUUUUUUAAGUUUGGAAACAGAAAAAUCUGGCGAAUAAGGUGCAUGAGGUAGCAAUUCAAACUUUAAUUCGUUAAUUUUGGCCAUUGCAAUAACGGAUUUGUGAGCUGGUGCAUUGUCUUGAUGAAACAACACUUUCUUCUUAACCAAAUGCGACCGUUUUUGCUUGAUUUCUUCGCUCAAACGUUGCAAUAAGUUCGCAUAAUACUCGCCGUUGAUAGUUUUACCUUUUUUAAGAUAGUCAAUGAAAAUUAUCUCUCGCGCAUCCCAAAAAACCGACGACAUGACCUUGCUAGCAGAUGAAACGGUUUUCGCCUUCUUUGGAGCCGGUUCUCCUUCCCUUUGAGUUCAUUGUUUUGAUUGUUCUUUUAUCUCAGGUGUGAAGUGAUGGACCCAUGUUUCAUCUAUGGCUAUGAAACGACGCAAAAACUCUGCUUUGUUGCUAUUAAAUUUCGAGUGUGAGCAAACGCGGCACCCAUCUUGCACACAGCUUUCUCGUGUCAAAAUUUUCAGUUAAUAUGCGAUGUACCGCACUUUUUGAAAUGCCUACUAUGUCCGCUAGCUCGCGCACUUUCAGUCGACGAUCAUCCAGUACCACUUUGUGAAUUUUUACUCAUCAAAUUCAUUCAGACAGAAGAUCAAUUUCACCCAAGACGGAUCCCGAUGACAACUCCAACGAAUUUGACGAUGACGGCAUCAGAGCGCCAAAGAUCAACUCCCACGGCAAAGUCAAGGUGCAUAAAUGUAAACAAUGCGAAUUCGUCGCCUACACCAAACUAGAAUUCUGGGAACACUCGAAAGUGCACAUCAAAGGCGACAAAAUACUCAAGUGCCCCAAAUGCCUUCGUCACAAAAUACAAACACCAUCUGGAGUACCAUAUCCUAAACCACGCAGGCGCCAUUACCCUUGCGUGAACAAAUCUAUGCUCAAUUUACAUUUAAAAUCGCAUUCCAAAGUCUACCGAUGCGCCAACUGUCACUACGAAACCAAAUACUGUCACUCCCUGAAACUGCAUCUGAGAAAAUCAUCUGAAGGCAUCGUUUCAACUGCUACCCAAUAUUUUACUGUUGUUAAGGAAGGAGCAAACUCACCCAGAGUAGAAUCCAGUUCAGCUUUUAUAUUGGUUGGGCUGAGGCCUUUCAAAUAAAACUAUUGUAUCACAUAACGAUGACCAGUUUUCUCCAUUUUUACAAAUUCACUGAAAACGUUCACUAUUGAUGGCUGCCAAACAAAUACUAAACAACGUGGCGUUUUCAAACUUGAAACAUAUGCUUUAUAGAUUGUAUACUUUCUAAUACACUGAUAUUUUUCAAACUACUACCGACAUCUCUACGUCAGGCCGAGUCCUUCUGAGACCACCCUCGUAUAUUCCUAUUGGUUGUCCCGUUGUUGCACCUUUGGUUUUUGUUCUUUAAUUUUUUUUUAUGUUUUAAUCAGAAAAUCAACGUCAAACGUCAAAAAACAGCGAAUGCCAGAUUCAACUAUUAAACUGAAAUUAGUGAUUUCCAAAUGAAGGGUACAGGCAAAGAAGGUGCUAUGUUAAAAAAAUAAGUUUUGAGAAAAACGGCUUCAAAGGUUAAUACUCACUCUAUGGUGUUUGUUUAUUGGGAAAAUAUAAAAGGUGAUAAAUUGUUUUAAUAAUGUAUUGGAGUAUUACCCUCUAGAGAGUUAAAUGUAAAAAGUCACAAAGCAAAUUCAAAAAAUGUAAAAGAACAUUUUUUACAAAAUUGCAAUUAUUAAAGAGAAAGAAGGUGUUUUGUCAAGCAACUACACUAUACUACUAUAACACAAACUACACUAAACUUGAUAUUGUAAUAGUAAAACUUAAAAUCCAUAUGAACAAAAAGUAAAACCGUUUUAUUUUCUAAAAGGCGAUCUGGCAAGGUUCUUCAGAUGCUGAGUGUUUUAUUUAUCCUAGAACCAAAAAAAAAAAAAAAUAGACCAAAAUCAUGACCGAAGAGCUGGUCAAGCUUACCGUAGUAAUCAAAACGCUUAAAGUUAACGUUGUCCGUUCUUCUUCUAUAAAUCAGGCAGAUGGUUAUAGUAGUCUUGAGCAGCUGAGCCACAAAAUAUCUUUAGCUCUUGAAGAUUUUUCCAUUUUUCCUUACUUAUGGGUAUAGGCUCUAAAAGAAAAUAAAUUUCCGCUGUCACAAGGAUGUUCUAACAGUUAAAAUGUUUAUCUUACCUUUAUAUAAGUGAUCUGGCAGUUCAAAUUCGUUGGCUUCUAACUUUAUUUUAGUUUUAAAUUUGGGAUCAGUGAUAGCAGUAGUUUCCCAAGAACCAUUGUAGCUAUCUCGGUGAAGUAUCAUCCUUGGAUGUUCCUUUUCUAUUUUCAUUUCCCUAAUAGGCCUGGAAAGAAACGGACAUGUUCUUCUAUAAUAGUCCAGUAUCUGAAGUACGUUUGGUUAACGUUUACCGCUUGAAAACGAGAUGGUUUCUUUCUUGCCAUGCGGAAUACUUCUUGCCAUUGUUCUGGGAGUUCCACUCGUGUUUUUUGGUUUAUUAAUCCAAAGUCCUUAUCGCACUCCAUGUACGAAUGACCCCUUAUUGGAUAGGUAACCUUAAUCAAAUCCAGCUUUUUUUCUACAUGUACUACAUAGUGCAAAAAACGAAACAUAGUAGGAGAGACCGAGGAUACAUGGCACAAAUUUGAUUAAAUGAUCUCUAACUUUUUUUCGAAGAAAUCUCUAUCCAUAAGGUUUUAUUAAUGUAAUAAACAAACUUUUGUCAUAAUAUAUUACUACAUAAAUUUAAAAAUAUUUUUAAACCGGGAUCAAAAAUUUUUGGUCAUUUGUCCAAUGUAUCCCCUGCUCUGGGGUAAUAAUGGACAUGAUAUGGGGAUAUUUUGGACAUUCAUUUACUAAUAAAGACAAAAAGUCUUAGAGUAAAUAUUUAUUUAGGAAGCAACAAAUUUUCAACUUUUAUUUAAGUUAAACAAAAUUCUGUGAAAUCUGCGUUGAAAUAAAUCGAAUCUUUGAAACGAGGACGCCUGUCUUCAAUAGCUUUUGGAAGCACAGCUAUUACUUCUCCGAAUGUUACAAAAGAAGAUUCUUCUUCUGUAAUUUUGAAGCGAUUUGAUGGAAUCAUUCUUUUAAAAAAUCGAAAAAUCGAACUCUAGCCCCCUGUUCUCUAGCCCUUUUCACAUAAAUAGCUAAACGAGACUUAGUAACAUUAUACCUCUCCGAAACUUUUCGCAAGCUACCAAUAUUAUUUAAGACAUGUCUACAGCUCUUCUUAGAUCUCCUUCAGGGAGUUCCCUGUCGGUUUUCUUUUUAUACUCUCACCAUCUGAAAUAAAAAAAUAAGAACAUUCUGGGGAUACAAUGGACAAUAGGGGAUACUAUGGACAUCCGUCCAUUGUAUCCCCCAUUGACCCUAUAGUAAAAUUAUUCUUUUUCCUAGAAAACUAAACGAGCAAUUUCAAUUAUUUGUUUCUUAUAACCAUAUUCUAUAAUGCACAUCACCACUAAAAUAAUUAGAUAUUAAAAAGUGUUGCAUAGAAAAUAAUAAAUGGUUACAUUACUCACCGUAAAAGUUACAAACAGACUGGCUGAAACAGGAAAAUAUCGAUAAAAAUAACCACACUCAAUGCUUGCUACCUUGCGAAUGCCAAACCAUCGUUCGGCAGUUAUUGCAUUACUUUACCGUAUGAGGGCGCUUCAAAUACAUAUUAAGCGGGAGUUUUAAACAUGUCCAUUCUAUCCUGGUGUCCAUUGUAUCCUCGGUCUCCCCUAUAAUUCUUGUUCUGCCCUCUUUUUGCGAUGCUAAUUUUGCGACUCCUUCCGCAGGAGUUGCAAAAUAUUUGUAGUUCACGAACUUCAGGAUUAAGAUAAUUAUGUAGAACAUUAUGUAGCAAAGAGCAGACAUCAUCACUGCCUUUUUUUCCAACUGUUUCAGGGUACAUGUAAAAUAUGCUUUGUGAUGUAGAAAGAACAUGGAUAUUGAAUGCAGACGUGGACAAUUGCCGUUUAUAAUAUACGUCAUUCGUACUAAUAUUCGAAACCGGGAGGUUUUUUGCAAAAUCGAUGCAGAUUGCUUCCAUGGAGACCAAUUUCUGGCUACGUGUUCUUGAGUCUCUUUUUCUUUUGUAAAAUUGUUCUGCUUUCGUUUUGUGUAGCCUAUUCUGUAUGUUUAAUUGGUUUAUAUCUGCCUCUAAUGUACGGUAAGUCACAUUUUCUGUUUGCGAAAAAUUAAGUCUUUCAGCUUCUAGACUUUUAAUCCUGGCUAAAUAUUCGUCGCAUUGACUACAUGUGUCAGAUCUAGGGUAUCCAAAGGAUAUGUUGAACUCAGUUGAAAAAAUGGUCCUAUAAGUUUCAUAUGACGCAUGUUCAUUUGGAAACUUUUCACAGAACAUAUUAAACAUUUUUUUGAUAUUAAGUUCUUCUGGUAGAUAUAAUUUAGCCGAAUCAUGCAAGCUGUAAUGACUUUCACGACCUCUAAACGAUCCAAUAUGACUCUUUAUCGUAUUUCGUGUUUCAACAGAGAGCUUGUGCGGGCGAUUAGUGUGCUUAUCUCUACGAUCUUUUGGUGCAUCUCCUGUUAGCUUCAAUGACUGCUGCAAUACUGCUAACUUUCUUUGACCUAUUCCAUGUUUAGACAAAAAUCCCUUUUUACAUAUUUCAACAUCUUCAGCAUGCCCCUGCAUAUUAUUUACACUUCUUACACGGUAUCGGAAACAUCGUGAAGAAAAGCAUCUUGUUCUUCUUGUCUGGGCUUUCGUUGUUUGAUAGGCAACGUUGUAAUCAGACCACACAAAUAUAUAUUUUGCUCAUCAACUGAGUUAAGUAGGUUAAAACUCUUAAUGAUUUUUUUACGAGACUCUUCUGGUACACGCUCAAAACAUUUUAAUCUUUUACACCUACAGUCUUCACCUAUAGUAUGGCUCCUCAAAUUUAUUAACUUAUUUACGUCACUUCAUUUUCCAUAUUUCUUCCUUUUUUUACUAUUUGUUUCUUUAGACAGAAGGUCAUUAUCACCGAUUUCACCGUUAAUUACCUCCAUAAUGUAAAGUUUUUAAUAAACACACGUGCCCUGAAUAAAAGCCGUUUGUUUACUAAACAUGCCGGUAUUAAUUCGAUUGCAUCAGACCACGAGUAAAACUUGACAUUUUUUUCGCCGGGACCGCGCGGACUUACCACCUUUUUAGUCUAGAGAUAUUAAAAUAUGUUGUUAUACCUGACUAAGCACGUUCUUAGUCGUGAUUGAUUUAUAGAAUAGUAGUUUAGCUUGCUGGCUAACAUAUGGCGCCAAAAUCUCAUUUUCUGUAAAAAUUGACAUAACACCUUCUUUGCCUGUACCCUUCAAAUAUAAAAAGGUUUUUUUUUUGGUAAAUUGAUUUGGGAUUAGGAAUUCACGAAUAAAAGUCCAAAUUGGUUGACAUUUCUCCCAAUAUAUUGGCUUCCUCGGGACACUAAAGUACCUACAAUGCGAUCUCCUAUUUUACUGUUCUAAGGAAGCCAAUACAUUUGACGAAACGUCGGCCAAUUUACACUUUUAUUUAUUUGGAAAAAAUCAACCCUUUCAGAAAACACUAAAUCAGUUUGAAGCGGGUGAUUUGUUUAGGCGACUGUUGAUUACCGAUAUCCUUAUACUCUCCCUAAGUAUAUGAAUUGUUGUACCUGAGAAAUGCAAUAUAAAAAAAAAAAUUAACGGCAAUAUAAACCCGGGCAUUUUUCUAACAGAUACACUGUGUCCAUUUUAAUUAUAGUCACAGGGUCUAAGAUACAGGUCAAAUAGUUUCGCUUUUAAGGGUGUUAUUAUAUUUUAGGCUCUGUAUAGGUUCCUCUUGGAAAAUUUGAAAAGUUUUCGACUACGCAUUUUUUCUAACUUAUACAGAGACUAAAAUAUUAUGGGACACAGUGUACAUGGUGCGGAUUUGCAUUUUUUUUUACUAAUAAAACACCACAAAAGACUGGGCUCUUUUGACGAUAUUAUCAUCAUUAAAUAAAAGCAGUGCUAGUAAAGCCAAUUAAGAGACUGAGUUUUACGUUAGAAAUGUAAGUUUUGGGACAUUUUUAGUUACCUCUCGUGUAUCAUACAUAAGUAGAAACGCCUCAGGUACAAGACGUGAUGCUUCGACCAAAAUGCGUUUGCCUAAUAUUUAGGUUUAAAUUCACUUUGUGGACGAUUCCUGUUGGGAAUAACAUUCUGUAUCGUGGAUUUUUCUUAGGUUAGGUUUGUGCUUAUUUAGUUGUGUAUACUCGGUUCACUUGUUUAAUUGCAACUGUGUAAGGCGAAAUAGUUAUUUCAAUAGUUGUUAUGAAAUAAAUGGUAAUAAAUAAAA